AUGGAGAUCGCCUUGGUCACGCUGAAGAACGGAGGCACAGUGGCCAUCGGGAAAGGAGAACUGGCUGGGGGAAACAGCGGCCCCAAGGCAGAGGGAGAGGUCCGGCGUCCUCCGACGGGACAGCCGAACGAGGAAGCCAAGGAGGGAACGCCGAGGAGGUCCAGGCGUGGCGGUGGUGGGAGAGGCGAAGUCCCGGGUGGGCGUCCUUUACCCGAGCUUCCGGAGACAGCUCGACAGCAACCUCCAGGACAAGGGGAAGAAGAAGCAGAAACAAGCUCCCCCCUGGGGAUGUCGGAAGGUGAAGGUUUAGGGUCAGCUACCCUCCAUCAUCAACGUGUGCUCAUCAACAUCUCGGGGCUUCGUUUCGAGACUCAGCUUGGCACUCUGGCUCAGUUCCCGGACACUCUCUUGGGGGACCCUGCCAAGCGUCUGCAUUACUUUGACCCCCUGCGCAAUGAGUACUUCUUCGAUCGUAACCGACCCAGCUUCGACGGCAUCCUGUACUACUACCAGUCUGGGGGGAGGCUGCGGAGGCCAGUCAAUGUCUCCUUGGACGUGUUUGCUGAUGAGAUCCGCUUCUAUCAGCUAGGGGAUGAGGCCAUGGAGCGAUUCAGGGAGGAUGAGGGCUUCAUCAAAGAAGAGGAGAAGCCUCUGCCCCGGAAUGAGUUCCAGAGGCAGGUUUGGCUCAUCUUUGAGUACCCAGAGAGUUCCGGCUCUGCCCGGGGCAUCGCCAUUGUCUCCGUUUUGGUCAUCCUCAUCUCCAUCAUCACUUUCUGUCUUGAGACCCUGCCUGAGUUCCGGGAUGAACGGGAGCUGCUUCGCCAUCCCCAGCUGCCCCAGCAGCCUCCAACUCACCCUCAGAAUGCUAAUGCCAGCAGAGGCAGUGGUCGGGACCUGCAUCUCCUGUCUCAAGGGCCCACAGUAGCCCCUAUGGUGUCCAGGACCCUGGCAGAUCCAUUCUUCAUUGUGGAGACCACGUGUGUAGUGUGGUUCACCUUUGAGCUUCUGGUCCGCUUUUUUGCUUGCCCCAGCAAAGCGGAAUUCUCCCGGAACAUCAUGAACAUCAUCGACGUGGUAGCUAUCUUUCCUUACUUCAUCACCCUGGGCACGGAGCUGGCAGAGCAACAGCCAGGGGGAAUAGGAGGAGGUGGAAGUUCCAAUGGACAGCAGGCCAUGUCCCUGGCCAUCUUGCGAGUCAUCCGCCUGGUCAGGGUUUUCCGCAUCUUCAAACUCUCCAGACAUUCCAAGGGCCUCCAAAUCCUGGGCAAGACCUUGCAGGCCUCCAUGCGGGAGCUGGGGCUCCUCAUCUUCUUCCUCUUCAUCGGAGUCAUUCUCUUCUCCAGUGCUGUCUACUUUGCCGAGGCAGACAACCACGAGACCCACUUCUCCAGUAUCCCAGAUGCCUUCUGGUGGGCAGUGGUCACCAUGACUACAGUGGGCUAUGGGGACAUGAGACCGGUGACGGUAGGGGGCAAGAUUGUGGGAUCUUUGUGCGCCAUUGCAGGUGUCCUCACCAUAGCUCUGCCUGUGCCUGUCAUUGUCUCCAACUUCAAUUACUUCUAUCAUCGGGAGACCGAUAAUGAGGAAAGGGCUGCCCUCAAGGAAGAACCAACAAGCACCACAGGCCAGGGCUCAGCACAGGACAGUGUGAAUCAGAUGAAAUCUAGUGAGAGCAAAGGGUCCUUUACUAAAACCCCAGUUAACAUGGAAGGAUCCCACAGGGGAAGCUGCCCCCUGGAAAAAUGUAACCUUAAAGCCAAAAGCAAUGUAGACAUAAGGAAAUCCCUCUAUGCCCUUUGCCUGGAUACAAGCCAGGAGACAGAUCUGUAGUGGAGACCAAGACAGCCAGGUGGAGAUGUAGAAGGGGGAAGCAGAAUGACUCUUUAGAGUGGCAAUCUAUUUUGUACCAACAGAGUAUUCAAAGAUUAUUCUCCAACCUGCUUUUCUCCCUUGGUCCUUCUCCCCUUUCCCCCCUUUUUGUUUUUUCCACUUUUUUUUCCCAUGACACCAAAGGGUCACUUAUUUUUAAAAAGUACCACAUUCCAUGACCCAGGAAACUGUCGAAAUGGUGAGUGCAGUGAGAUGUAUGUAUUUGCAGUCCUGGCCACUUUUAGCCAUUAGUGGGAAAACCCAGGCAAAAGCUUUUGGAAAAAACCAACAACAAACAGAGACUAGAGAUUUUGUAAACCCCAGAUAUACGUGUUGCAAAUUUGAGUACAUUUAUUUGAAUAUUGGUGGGGAGGGAGUUAUUUUUCGUGGCAGAUGGAAGAAAAUUUUAUACUGUAGUUCAGAUAUUUCUGACAUAUAUUUUCUUUCUCUAUAUAAAUAUAUGUUGUACUUAUGGAUGGAAGAAGUUUGUGCUGCUUUUCUGGGAACCACUAUUUCACCAGCACCUUCCUGAUAUGGACACUUGUUUCUCAGCAUCAGCCUGUCCUAGUUCUCAUGUUCACAAACCUGUGUUUCUCUGGAUGUCAUGCAAACUUGAUGCUUUAGUUCUAGAAUAGAGACACUUUCUGGAAAGAAAGACAAGUUGUUUUUUUUUUUUUGUGAGCCUUAAAUAAUUGGUGUGAUUUUCUUUCUUCACAUUUUAAUAAGGUUCUGGAGGAAGAUUUCUUAUAAUUCCUUCCUCUCAUUUUUAUCCUCAGAAAUAAAGCAUUACCUUAUUGAGGAGAGUGCUUAAUUUUCUACAGUUUUUUUUGUGACAAUCUUUUUGUCUUCUUGGAUUAGGAGUGAGAGCAAAGACCUGGGGUGGUUUAGAAAGCCAGUGAUUUGAUAGACAACAUCCUUUCUUGGCAGUUGAAGGCACUCACCCCAUAAUCUGUGAGGGACAAUAUUCUUUGAUUUGUUCAGAAUGCAUUUAUUAAAGACCUCAUUUUAACAAGCUUUUUACUAAGGGAACUCUACUUUUCAGACCCAACGUCUAGCAUGCAAUGUGGAUUAAGUGAAAAGAAAUAGGGGAACAGACCCCACCUGAGGUUUCUUGGGAAUUCUUUCCCCCCAAGGUUUACCUCUGCUUAACACAGCACAGAACAGCUAAGGACCAAGACUGAUUCUUCUCAGACAAUAAAGCCUGUUCUACAGGAGCUUAUCCUACCAUGGAGUCACUGGGAGAACUGUGUUUAAUGAUGUACACCCCCUGUGGUAUGGGUGAAAGCUACCCUAUGCUUUUGUGGCAGCAGGGAAU